AUGCAUCUACCAGAAGGCGAGCAUACGGUGCGAUUCAGUGGUGUUCCGGACGAGCAUGUGAAGGCGGUUCAGAACAACGGCGAGAUCCACAGUCCGGAGCAUGCCAACAGUGGCGACGAGACAGCCCGUAUCAACAAACAAGCCGCCAAAGCAAAUGAGAUUCCGAUACCGCUUCCCAGGGAGUUGUCGUCGGAUGCCGUGCUGGAUACAGUUCUGGCUGCCUGGGCAAUACUUGUAGAACGCUACCAGCGUGAUGUCUUUUCCCAGUUUACGUGGGGAAUCAAGGGCGGAGGUGGCGACAGUACUCAGUGUCUGGCCGCUUUCAAUCUCGACUGGCGGAGCCACAAGACUGCUUCGGGUCUAAAGACCAAGAUUCAAGAGCAGAGACUCAACAACUUGUCGUUGGGACAAGGUACCCUCUUUUUCAACGACGGCACCCUUGAAGAGUGGACCUUUGAGACUUCGCUCACACUCCAGGACGGCUCCUUGUAUGCCACAUCGACAUGGCAGACAUCGAACAUGUCCCGACACCAAGCCGUGUCGCAGCUGCACUAUUUUGCUUCAAUUCUUGAUACCCUCUUUAGCGACCCUGAUCGCCCCCUUGUAGAUUUCCAUUCCGUUUCCGAAGAUGAGCUUGAUGAAUUGUGGAGCUGGAACACGCCCCUGCAUCCAGAACUGAGGUUUUGCAUGCAUGAGAAAGUCUCCGAGAAGGCUGCGGCGAAUCCGGACAAGAUUGCCAUUGAAGCAUGGGAUGGGAGUCUGACAUAUCGUCAAGUGGAAGACUACUCGAACGAUUUGGCGCAGACGCUGCGGUUACUGGAUGAUUCUCCCAACCGAAUCAUUCCGGUGCUGUUUGAAAAGUCGAGAUGGACCACGGUAGCGGUGCUCGCAGUCAUGAAGGCAGGUGCAUGCUUUGCGCUGCUUGACCCGGCACAACCAGAAGGUCGACUACGCGCCGUCGUGCAACAAGUCAAUGCAAAACUCUUCCUCUCCUCCGAAGCGCAGUCUACACUUGCUGCGCGAGUCGGACCAUCUGCCGACAUCAUUCCCGUUUCCGAAAAGAAGUUUGACAAGGUCUACUCCCCCUGGGUAGCCGCAAAGCCUGCGACUUCGCUUCCGCCAGUAUCACCAGACCAGCCUCUCUACAUUCAAUUCACCAGCGGCAGUACUGGUGUUCCCAAAGGAUGCAUCAUUACGCACAGCCAGUACACGUCUGGUGCGAUACCACGAGCCGCAGCAGUGGGCUACCACGAGCAUUCUCGUGUCCUCGACUUUGCAAGCUAUGCCUUUGAUGUUUGCAUUGAUUCGAUGCUUUGCACCCUUGGACAUGGAGGUACGCUUUGCACGCCUUCUGAAGAGCGACGAAUGAAUGACAUGAGCGGUGCGAUGCGCGACAUGCGCGUCACCUUUGCCGGUAUGACUCCUUCAGUCGCUCGGACCCUGGAAGUGGAUAUUCUGGACAAUCUAGAAUCCAUCGCGCUCGGUGGUGAAGGCGUUUCCACGAGCGAUGCUAUGUCGUGGGGUCAACGGACGCGAGUCGUCAAUGCCUAUGGGCCUUCGGAAGCCACAGUUGGCGCUACUAUCAACGACAAUGUCGCCGCAAAGUCGUACAUCACCAUGGGAAAGCGCAUGGGAUGUUCUAUCUGGUUGACUGAGCCUGAAGACCACAACCGUCUCGUACCAGUGGGUGCAGUUGGUGAGCUUCUCAUCGAAGGCCCCAUUGUUGGCAACGGUUACCUCAACAACCCUGCAAAGACAAAGGAGGUCUUCAUCGAGGACCCUGAUUUCCUCGUCAAGGGUAGCAAGCGCUAUCCUGGCCGACGCGGCCGCAUCUACAAGACUGGUGAUUUGGUACGCUUCGACCCCGACGGCAACGGCGAGCCCAUCUUCGUUGGACGACAGGACCAGCAAGUCAAGCUCCGCGGCCAACGCAUCGAGCUGGCUGAGAUUGAGUUCAACAUGCAGAAGCAUCUUCCUGCUGAUACUCAGCUUGCAGUCGAAGUCAUCAAGCCGGGCGGUAGCGGCGAGCAGACUUUGGUCGCUUUUGUGGUGGAGCAAAAGAAGAAUGGCAUGCGCCAUUUGGACGGCAACGUCUUUGGCAGCUUCACCAACAAUUUCCAGGCUGCACUCAAGGCCAUGACCACACAGCUUUUGGCCGACCUUCCCAGCUACAUGGUACCCAGUGCUUACAUCCCGCUUUGGAAGAUGCCACUGCUCGUGUCGUGCAAGACCGAUCGCAAGCGCCUUCGCGAGAUUGGAACUUCUGUAACUCGUCAAGAUCUCAGGCGCUUCAACUCGACAAUGACUGAGAAGAAGGAGGCGACUACCGAAAUGGAGCUCAAGCUCAGGGGUCUCUGGGCAAAACUUCUCGGCGGGGACGACGAUUUCAGUGCCAAUGACAACUUCUUCAGCAUGGGUGGCGAUUCACUCCGGGCCAUGAGACUAGUCGCUAUUGCGAGAGAAGAAGGGUUGGUGCUCAAUGUACCCGACAUCAUGCUUAACCCGACCCUAUCGGCUAUGGCUACCAAGGCCAAGCUCUUGUCCGGGGAACAGAGUUUGGACGCACCACCCUUCUCCAUGGUUGGACAGGAUUGGGAUGCCAAUUCUGCUCGAAUCGAAGGAGCUCAACUCUGUGGCGUUGAUCCUGCACAAGUCGAGGAUGUAUAUCCUUGCACACCGCUUCAGGAAGGUCUCAUGGCUCUCUCGGCCAAGUUCCGGGAUGCCUAUGUUGCGCAGCGAGUCGCAACACUACCAUUCCAGAGGGGUCUACAGCUUAAGAAGGCGUUUGAUGUUGCCCUCCGAACAACCCCGAUUAUGCGAACUCGCAUUGUCAACGUGACUGGUCGCGGCUUGUACCAAGUUGUGCUCCACGAUGGACAGCUUCUACGAGAGCAUGGAGGUAGUGUUGCUGAAUAUCUGAAGCUUGACCGUCAAGAGCCCAUGGAUCUUGGCACAGCGCUCUUUCGCUAUGGCAUAGUGGAGGAUCCUGCCAUUGACAAGUGCCACCUCAUUAUCACCAUGCAUCAUGCUGUUUACGAUGGAUGGUCGAUGCCUCUCGUGUAUGAGCGCGUCAAUCGCGCUUUUGAAGGUCUCGAAACUACAAGACCCACGGAGUUCAGGCACUUCAUCAAACACCUCACCAGUCUGGAUCCUGCUGAAGCUCAGAACUACUGGAGAGAGCGACUGCAAGGAGCGAGUCCGUACCAAUUCCCUCCUUUGCCUGAAAAGGGCUACGUUACCCAGGCAAAUUCGCUGCUCGAGCACUACGUCACUGUACCAACUUCUGCACACUCGAAGCUCACUUUGGCAACAAUCAUCCGUGGUGCCUGGGCUCUUGUAUCAUCCUUGUACAUGGGCCACCCAGAUAUCGUAUUUGGUGAAACACUUACGGGCCGCUCAGCACCAGUGCCCGGCAUCGAGGAUAUUGAGGGGCCAAUGAUUACCACAGUGCCCAUUCGUGUCCGACUUGCUCUUGAUCGACCCAUUUCCGAGUACCUGCAAACUGUCCAUGCGCAGACGGUUCAGCAGAUUCCCCACGAGCACUUGGGUCUUCAAAACAUUCGCCGGCUGAGUAAAGACGCUCGUGUCGCUUGUGACUUGCGCACCGGUCUCGUCUUGCAUCCCAAGGAAGAGGAGGGCUGGAAUAUAGUCGACGAAAGCCAUCCCGCAAACAAUUUACUCCCUGCUGACGACUCCGACGCUGCGCGCGAAGCUCUCAAGUUCAACACGUAUGCACUCAUGUUGGUGUGUACGCUGGAUGAGAAUGGCUUCUUGAUCAUGGCCAGCUUUGACAACAAUUGCAUCAGCAAGGCUGCUAUGGAGAAGGUCCUCGUCGUCUUGAACCGCAUUGUGCUUGCCUUUUUGGGUAACCCCGAGAGCAAGCUGGGCGAUGUCGCCAUUCUCGAUCCAGAAGAAGAGCGCGACGCUGAAGCACUGAGGCCAAGGGAUGUCAUGAGUGAUAGCGCCAUUGCCAUGCCACGGACUCCCAGUCCCGAACGUCAAGACGCUGGCACUUCACCAAACCAAGAAAAGCUUAAAGCUCUCUUGAGCCGUAUCCUGGGUAUGCCAACUGAAGACAUCAAUGGCAGCGACAGCUUCUUUGAACUCGGUGGCGAUUCCAUCAGCGCCAUGCGUCUAGUCUCUGAUGCUCGCGCCCAAGGCCUGAAGCUCACGGUUGCCCAAGUCUUCCAGAGCAAGUCUUUAGCCGAACUCGCAUCAUUGGCAGGCAAUGCCACAGAGGAAAAACUUGUAGAGCUUUUGAGUCGCAUUCUCGGCAUGCCCAAGAAUGAUAUCAAGGCCAGUGAAAGCUUCUUUGAGAUUGGCGGUGACUCGAUUGGAGCUAUGCGGCUUGUUUCGGAAGCGCGCGCACAAGGCAUCGACAUUACAGUUGGUCAGGUCUUUGGAAGCUCGUCACUUGCUGAGCUGGCCACGUCUGCUCAGGAGAUGGCGGAUGUGUCGCAAUCAACGGUCGUCUCCAACAAGCCGUAUGCUUCGCUAGGCAAGGAAGCGUCGUUCUACACGCCCGACCGCAUCGGAGCCUACUUGGAAAACUUCGAGUGGGAAUUCAUCGACGCCGAUAUUCAAGCGCCCAAGGACUAUGGCUCAUCGUUUGUAUCCUUCACCCUCUUCACCAGCCUCUCCGGUACCUCCACCCUCUCGUUCCGCAUCUCGCAUGCCCAAUACGACGAGAUGUGUCUCCCAAUUCUUUUUGCUCAACUCUCAGCCCUCUACUCCGACACCCCAGUCCCAGAAACCCUCCCCUUUACCACGCACGUAAACCACGUGGUGCUCGAUAAUAUCCCCAAAGCAGUCCCCUACUGGACGGACCUGCUCUCUGGCUCUCAAAUGACCGUCCUCAAACCCACCAUCCCACUGACUCACCGCCGCCCGACUGACGUCUACAUGGAAUUCGACAUUUCUUCUCGCCCAUCCAACAUCACCAUCGGCUCUCUCCCCACCGCCGCCUGGGCCAUCGUCCUCGCACGCCGCCUCAACCUACGCGACGUCGUCUUCGGCGAAGUAGUAUCCGGCCGCAAUCUAGGCGCCCCCAACGCCGACCGCAUCUUCGGUCCAACAUGGCAAUACAUACCCUUCCGCGUGCCCUUCAGCUCUACGUGGACGUAUCUCGACCUCCUCAACUACGUGCAGACACAGCACGUCGCUUCUGCAGCCUACGAGUCCAUGGGCUUCGACGAGAUCGUACAGAACUGCACGGAUUGGAACAAGGACGAGACCAAGUGGUUUGAUACCGUGGUGCAUCAGGCGCCGGCCUGGGUCGAGGAGUUACCGUUUGGUGAAGUCGAGGCCAAGUUCCAGACGCUGUAUCCGCAUGGGGAGCCGCUGCGCGAGUGGAAGUGUCAGGCUUUUGUGAAAGAGGGAGGUAAGAGGCUGGGUAUUGAGAUUGUAACGUUUGAGGAGUGGAGGGGUGUUGCGGAGGGGGUGUUGAAGGAGGUUGGAGAGGCUUUGGCAGCGUUGCAGGGGGAGGGUGUUGGGGACAAGAUAUUUGCUGAGGAGGUUGCUGUGUAG